AUGAGCCAAGAAUUUGGUAUUUUUCCGGCAGUAUGCCGUCUUCUUGCGCUGGCACCCCUGCUUGUUACUGGCGCCCACGGACUCCAGUAUCGCAGCACUAACAAGACCGAAUUCGAUUACAUCGUCAUCGGCAGCGGUCCAGGAGGCGGUCCGUUGGCGAGCAACCUCGCCCGCGCCGGUUUCGAGACCUUACUUGUCGAGGCCGGUGACGAUGAGUUUGCCGAUCCCUCAUCCAAUGUCAUCGAUUACUUCGUUACGACCGGAAUCCACGAUAAUCUCCACUGGGACUUCUAUGUCAAGCACUACGACGAUCUGGAACAAGAUCUGAGGUACGCUCAUCUUGUAUGGAGGAAGCCAGAUGGGGACCUCUGGGUUGGCCCUGGGGGCAGCCAGCCUGAAGGCUCUGUGGUCUUGGGAGUCAACUAUCCCCGUGGUGCUGUUCUUGGAGGCUCAUCUAUCAUCAACGCUGGUGCGGUCUUCCUUCCCAGUGACAGUGAUUGGAACUAUAUCGCGGAGAUCACCAAUGACACGACUUGGAACGCGGAACAUACACGCGACUUGUUCAUUAAACUGGAGAACAACACGUACCUGCCCCGAGGAACGGCAGGUCAUGGUUUUGAUGGAUAUCUCCAGACUGCUAUUGGCGAUGGCACACAGUACACCAGUGGCCAACAGGCCGUGGAUGUUCUCAAGGCUCAGAUUUCAGAGCUAGGAAAAGACCCUAACCAGCUCGAAGAACUCAUUACGGCCGACCCAAACUACGAGGAUCCGAGCCGAGACACUACCGAAGGCCUAUGGGCUCUGCCUUUCCACGCCAACAAGACAUUCGGUCGCUCUAGUGCUAGGGACAGAAUCAUCUCAACUGUCAACGAAAACUUCCCUCUAUAUCUUCAGCUGAACUCUUACGCUACUCGCAUUCUUUUUGGAAAGUCAAAUAGCACCAGCACUCCUAAGGCUGUUGGUGUGGAAUUUCUUGAAGGCAAGAGUGUCUACAAGGGUGACCCAAGAUGGACAGCUUCAAACCAAGGCACAUUAAAAAGUGUUUCUGCGAGGAAGGAAGUCAUUGUCAGCGCUGGAUCAUUUAACACACCCCAGCUCCUGCUUCUGAGCGGUAUUGGAAACGCCACCCAUCUCGCUGAGCACAACAUCUCAGUUGUUGUGGAUCUCCCGGGUGUGGGGACUAAUAUGCAAGAUAAUGAGGAGAUGGCAGUUACUGGUCUUGCUGCUGAGAACUUCACUUACGCGCCAAGAGAUGGCUUGACAAGCUCAAACUGUACUUACGGCGCGACAUUUCCGGACCCUUGCUACGACGCCUGGCUUCAAGGAAAAGGCCCGUACACGAACCCCGGUCCAAAUUCUAACAUUCUCACUUUGAAAACAGCACACUCACCCGAUGGAGAGAGGGAUGUCAUUGCAUUCUCUGGGUCAUUUGCAUUUCGUGGAUUCUGGCCAGCUACGCCGGGUCAGACCUGGACCGAGCCGCCUAAUACCUGGGGAAUACAUUCAGUACGCAUGCACCCACAGAACCGCGCCGGCUACGUCAAGCUUCGCUCUUCAGAUCCCACGGAGAUGCCGGAGAUCAACUUCAGGUACUUCACUGAGGGAUCCGAGACGGAUAUCGAAGCCAUCAAAGACUUCGUCGCAUGGGGUCGCCGAGCUCUGCAGCGCGUUGAGGGGCCUACCGGCCCUGUCAACAUUACGAGCCCACCAUGCCCAACUGGCUAUACCGCCAAUGGAACCUGCUCGGAUGCUCAGGCUGAUGAGCAAUUCAUCCGAGAUAACACUUUCGGGCACCAUGUUACAAGCACGUGCCCUAUUGGUGCUGACGAUGACAAAUUAGCGGUGCUCAACUCGAACUUCCAGGUCCGAGGCGUUGAAGGUCUCCGCGUAGUGGAUGCUAGCGCUUUCCCUAGGAUUCCUGGUGCUUUCCCUGUUAUUGCGACGUUCAUUCUGAGUGAAAAGGCUUCUCAGGCUAUCCUAGGCGGAAAGUAA